AUGGCCGCCCGCGCCGCCCUCCUGGCGGCGCUGCGCCCGGGAGGCGGCCUGGGCUCCAGCUCGGGGCCGGGCGCGGGCCGGGCCGCCGCGCGCGAGGCCUCCGCGCGGGGGUGCGGCCUCGUCGAGUGGGAGGGCCUGGCCGUGGUGGAGCUGUCCGGCCGGGGCGGCCGGGACUUUGCGCGGGUGCUGCCCUCCGUGGGCGGCACCGUGGGCAGCCUGGCGCUCGCGGGGGCGGAGGUGCUGCUGCCGCUGGGCUCCGCGGGGGAGGCCCUGGCGAACCACAGGCGGUACCACAAGGGCGGCAUGCUGCUGCCCUGGGCCAACCGGGUUGCGGGCGGGAGGUACAGCUACUUCGGCGAGGAGCUGGUGCUGGACAUCAACGACGUGACCCACGACGCAGCGAUCCAUGGUCUCCUGGAGGGCCGCCAGAUGGAGGUGGAGUCUUGCGGCAGCUCCUCGGCCAGUCUUGUCUACACGUUCACUGGGGAAGAGGCUCCCAACGGAGGAUAUCCGUUCCCUGGCUUGAGAGUGCGGCUGGACUACCAGCUGGAAGGGGGGAGGUUCGUGCUGAGCGUGCACGCGUCUGUGCCUCCUCAGGCAAGGGGCCCCGUGCCGUUCAAUUUUGGCUGGCACUCUUAUUUCAAGGUGGACGACGCGUCCCAGGCGCGAGUGCAGUUUGACCGUCGAGGUGGCCGGCAGUGGAGGCGACUGGUCAGCGACGCCGACCUCAUCCCCACAGGGUCCACGGUCCUGUUCGAGGCCUUCAACGGCUCAGACGUGAUUGGUGGCACGCGAAGAAGGCCACGUAUUGGGAUGACGGGUUCGUGA